GCUGAAGCGAAAACAAGUGGGUCUAAGAACGUGUCUAAAUGAGGCGAUACAAAUUGUUAUUAAGCUGCCUAGUUGGCAUGCUGUUGCUGCUGCAGAUGAAUGAAGUGCACAGCAAUAGCGAAGCAUCCGCCUCGAAUAUCGACGAAGCAGGCCCAUCAGAAUCGCUUAUCAAGCAGGCGACUGAAUUCGGCUUAGAUGUCGAGGUCUUGAACGAGAUGGUGCGCUCCAAGGUGCCGGUUAUAAUAAGCAAAACGAAUUAUGAGGGGCAGACAACAACGACGGCUUACAGAUUGGCGCCCGAUGGAAAGUCUAUUGAGAGUGAAACCAUUGGAGGCUCUGAGCCAGUUCCAGUCCGCAAGACGAGUGAAAGAUUGAUGGCGGCGCCUGCGCCCUCUUCGGCUGCUUCCGGUCCCGAAAGUGAUUGGGAAUGGGCGCCAAAUGUGCGUCCCAUGACGCGACCCCUUAUGACAGGCAUAAGGCCAACUUUCAGCUUUGGGGGCGGUUUUGGUUCCAAUAUUGGAGCGAACUGGCCUUCUUUCAUCAGCAACCAGCAGCCGAGCUUCACUAACACUGGCACCACCAUACGCACAAGCUUUGGUCAGCUGCCUAGCUGGCAUAACACUUUCUGGAACGUAAACCCCAACUUUGGCUUCCCUGCCGGCGUAACGCCGCAAACCUCAACCAAAACCGAAGUGGACGACCAAGGACGUACUGUAACAACUACUACUAAGGAAUACAAAGGCGGCAUACCCGUCGACUGGCAUGCCAAUGGAGCUCCUCAGAUACCCAGUCUUGUGCCACAGCCAAAUAGGCCUAGCAUUUUUCAUAAUCUACCCGAGGGUGUGACGCCAAAAACGAGCACCAAAACUGAAGUGGACGACCAAGGGCGCACUGUAACAACUACUACCAAGGAAUACAAAGGCGGCAUACCCGUCGAUUGGCAUGCCAGACCAAGUCUUUUCGAUAGUGGAGCUCCCCAAAUACCCAGUCUUUUGCCACAGCCCAACAGGCCCAGCAUUUUUGAUAAUCUACCCGAGGGUGUAACGCCAAAAACGACCACCAAAACGGAGGUGGAUGAUCAGGGCCGCACUGUGACCACAACAACAAAGAUUUAUAAAGGACCCUUGCCAAGCAGCUGGUUCCCUAGAUCGCACACCUUUGAUGAUGUGGAGCCCACGCUGCCUAACAGACCUACUUUGUUUGGUAAUGAGGAUCGAAGACCCAUACCAAGUCCAACCAGACCGAGCUUAGUACCUUUGCCGACGCCUGCCAGACCACCUAUACCAACAUCUCCUCCUCAAUCUGCCCCGCAGCCAAGCCCAGUUGACCAGCCGGACGAUGCAGGUGAUGAGAGACCACCACUGGGCAUGAUAACCACAACCCCAUUGCCCUCGUUGGAAGAGUUCCUUAAGCAACAGCCAAAUUACUUCACAACCACGUCCACCACCGCAAAACCCUUGGCCACCAUCAACAUAGAUGACCUGCCCGUUCGCACCACUUAUAUUAAGCUGCCUCCCAAGCAGCCCAUCGACAACGACUGGCUGAACGGCUUAACUGACUCCAUUAAGCCCCUCGACAGCGCGGACAAUACACAAACUAAGGUCACGAGCAUCAGCAGUACCUACACGAGCGCAGGUGUACCAUCAAAAGCAGAUCUGGACCCACAACUACAGGGCGUCCUUACACGCGCUGGCAUCACCGACGAGGAUAUACAAAAUUCGAAUGGUCAGAGUGUGGUCCGCGAACGCGUAGAGCCCGACGGACGCGUCAUCAAGACCACCUAUACGGUGAGGACGGUUCCUAUCAACUAUAAUGGUGUUCUAGGAAGCUUCAACGGAGGCAGUGGGGUACCUAUUGCGAGACCCGUCUCCGAGCCCCUCCCUAGUCUCAAUCCGAAUCACAAAGAAGUGCGAUCCGUUCACACAAUCGAAGAUAUUGGAAAUCCCAUUGAUCAGUUUCUAGCCCUAGUAAGUCUUAGGCCUGAACAAAUAAUCGCACAAAAUGGUGAGCUGAUCAAAACAAUUGUCGACAAUAAUGGACGCGUUUUGAGUGUCAGAUUUGUGCUGAGCGAUGUUAAAGGGCCUGAUGAGCCUCUGAAAUUGCAGAGAAACCCACCCCAGAAGUGAAGGAAACUACAAGUACUAUAGUGCUCUGAAAACAUUUAUCUGUUGCUUUUGACUUUUGAAAAUAAAAGUUGAUUAAAGAAGACGGUCUAAUAAAUAAAAAUGUGUUUCAA